UGUCGGCGUGGUACGUCAUUGAUAAUCUAUGAAAUUACAAAAUUCUGUUAUAUUAAAUAUGUUAAGUAUAAGUGUAUGUUACUUGUCAUAUUGCCAUAAUAUGUGAAGGAAAUUUUACAAUCAAGAAAACGUAAUUCAGUCAAGCAUACGUAAUUCUAUGAUUAUUCUAUAAUAGCAUUUUUGUCGAUAAAAAAAUUCGUAAGGUAUUUAAAAUGGAAAUGGAACGGUCUUGCACGUUUGAUGAAUUGAACUUUGAUGAAGCAUGUGUAAUAUUAAAAAGCAAUAUAAAUUUACCAAAUUUAUGGUUGUAUACGUUAUCAUCCGAUUGUAUUAAGUGUCCUUACAGUAGAGCCGCUAUGAUAGAAUCUGAAAUAAUUAGUAUGAAAGUUAAAAGCGCGAGAUCGCAGUAUUGGCGAAUUAUUGAAACGGAUAAGCAUGAAGAAUACAUUCCAGCUUGGGAUGAAAAUGGAUUAUACUGCCAACUCUCUCCAAAUAUUGGUGAGUUUGGUAUUUAUGAAUUAACUGUCGACUACAAUAACAGUUAUAGCUUUGUUGCCAAUAAGCAACCAGUUAAUUCUCAUUUACCUCUGGUUAUUAUUUUGGGCUUGAUUGCGUUAUUUCUGUGCGUCUUAUCGAUCCUAAAAAUAAUUUUCAACUGCGUAAAAAGAUGUCGAUCAAAGGAUGUGCAAAUUGAGACGGUAGAAAGUUCAUCGUCGAAGCCAAGAUUACGGUCGCUCGAUACCGUGAGAGGGAUGAGCAUCCUCCUAAUGAUUUUCGUAAAUAAUGGCGCCGGAGGUUACGUGUUCCUCGAGCACGCCACUUGGAACGGCCUCUUCGUUGGAGAUUUAGUAUUUCCCUGCUUCUUGUGGAUCAUGGGUGUGUGCAUUCCCUUAUCCAUUUCCUCGCAACUCACUCGUGGGACCUCGAGGUUCUCCAUCUGCUGUGCGAUCGUCAAGCGAAGCUUUUAUUUAUUUUUCAUUGGAAUUUCUUUAAAUACACUUGGAGGAAAAAAUCAACUCGAGAGUAUUCGGAUCUUCGGGGUUUUACAAAGAUUCAGCGUGUGUUAUUUAGUAACUGCAAUGAUUUACCUUUUGCUAGUUUCACCGUGUACUCAUUUAGGAUCAAAAGUUGUAUAUGAAAUACUUAUUUUAAUGCCACAGUGGAUUAUUGCAUUUUUUAUUCUUCUGGCUCAUUGUGUUAUUAUCUUCUUACUACCAGUUCCAGAUUGUCCAAAAGGUUAUCUUGGACCUGGGGGUCGUCAUGACGCUGGUAAAUAUUGGAAUUGCGUUGGUGGUGCAGCGGGUUACGUGGAUAAAGUUUUACUGGGCGUAAACCAUAUUUAUCAAUUUCCUACUGCAAAUAGCGUAUACGGAUCUGGCCCAUUUGAUCCUGAAGGGGUCUUAGGUUGUUUAACAUCGAUAUUUCAGGUGUUUCUGGGCAUACAGGCUGGUCAAAUAUUAUGCCAUUAUGAAGACUGGAAAAAUCGAAUUGCAAGAUGGUUAGUGUGGGCUUUGAUAUUCGGCGUUAUUGGCUUAUCACUUCAUUUCACAGAAAUCAUCCCUGUUAAUAAAAACUUAUGGUCAGUCUCAUUCGUUAUGGUAACUACAAGUUUUUCCUUGGGAUUACUCUCAGCCUGUUAUUUUCUUGUCGAUGUCAUUGGCGUUUGGGAAGGUGGACCUUUCAGAAUUCCAGGUAUGAAUGCUCUUGUGAUGUAUAUCGGUCAUCAAGUUUUCUACGAAAUGUUUCCUUUCCAUUGGAGAAUUGGCAAAAUGAAUACGCAUAGCUGGUUAAUGGCCGAGUCCUUGUGGUGCAUUGUACUUUGGACCUGCAUAGCUUAUACUCUUCAUUGGAAAAAAUUGUACGUAACAUUAUGAGCAAAUAGAAUUCUAAACGAGUUUAUUAAAACAACGGAAUGAUAGUCAAAUACUUAUGUAAAAUGUUCUUCACAUCAGACUUUUAUAUGUGCGAUUGUGAAUGAGGGCAAUAAAGA